AUGUUUGGAUCGUUGGACGGUUUCAGUGUCGACUUUUCCGACGUGGACGUGAUCAAGAUCUUCGUGCGGAGGAACGGUACCUCCGAUGCUUUGCGAGAAGUCUUUCUGCCACCCAACUCGAAGUUGACGGACCUGCUGGAGAAGUGCACCAAGGCGCUGGACCUGGAGCCGCCGGCGGCAAAGGCGUUUCACUCCAACGGGGUGGAGUGCACCGACGUGGACCAGGUGGACCAGGGCGAAGUCCUCCAGAUCUCCUGCGGGGAGCCCUUCAAGGUCACCGACGCCGGCACUGGCACGCAGGUGGUCGGGGACUAUGUCUUGCACGAGAAGUUGGGCCAGGGUGGCUUCGGCUGCGUCAUGAAAGGCAUCCACGUCGAGACGGGUGAGGCGGCCGCUGUGAAGUUCGUGCCCAAAAAGAGCUUUCGCCAGUUCUCCGACCUUCAACGGGUCUUCCAAGAAAUCCAGGCACUCCGGAAUUUGCGGCACCCGCACAUCAUCCGCGUCCUGGACGUUGCGGAUCAUCCAGACUCGAUUUGCUUUAUAAUGGAGUUCGCCGCCGGCGGUGAGUUGCGUGGCUAUGUGGAGAAGCGGUCUUUCUUAGAGGAGGAGGAGGCAAGGACGUUGUUCAAGCAGAUCGUGCGAGCAGUGCACUACAUCCAUAGCAAGAAGAUCAUCCACAGGGAUCUAAAGCUGGAGAACGUCCUCCUCGAUGCCCAUAAUAGGUGCAAGAUAGUGGAUUUCGGCCUGUCCGACUACGUGUCUUCAAAGGAGCGCACAGUCACGGACGCUGGCACGGAGGCGUACCUUGCUCCGGAGGUUUUCGAUGGACGCUCUGGAGACGCGGAUCCUUACAAGCUUGAUGUUUGGGCCCUGGGCGUGAUUCUCUUUGCACUGUGCCAUGGCAGGCUCCCUUUUGGCCGCCCAGAUCGCGAGACGUGUGCCAAAAUUGAUAGUGACGGGUUGAGCUUCAAGGAGGCGGCCUCCCCCAACUACCGCCGCAUUGUUCGGGCGAUGCUGACGCCCCGCCCGGAGAAGAGGGCCUUCGUGGACGAGAUUACCCUCGACCCUUGGGUCACAAUUUACCGCUUUGCGGACUGCGAUGAGGUGCCUUCUCCGGAGGAAGGUGAGGCGCUUUCACCAGGUGCGCCCGCUGAAGACCAGCGAGGCGCAGAGGCCCUUCAACCCCACCUCACAAAUCCCCAGCGGUCGACCCAGCGACCCGGCGAUCGUCGACCUAGGCGAGAGCGCCGGCCCCGCACAGUUUCGGACAGCCCUGCGAGCGGUCCUGCAGUCGUGGCAAUGCAGCUUCCAAUCUUGCUCGGUCUAUUGUACCACGUCUCUGGUCUCAAGUUUGGGCAACCAGGAUGCAAGGACCGAAUGCGAGGAGGUUUCACGGACAACAUCAUGAGGCACCACUGUGGUCACGAACUCAGCAGCUAUGACAACGACCUCACCAGCUCUGCGGUGGCCUGUGAGGAUGCAUCGACUCCGUUCUUGCGGCGGGCGCUCGCCAACAAGAUGUUUUCCCACUGCGGUGCCUGGUGCAUCUGGGACUUUGACCACCCGGACAAGAUCGAGUUCCAGUACGACAAGAACAAGAAAUGCUACGAAGAGACUAGAGGGGGCCACUGUGCGAAGAAGUACGCCGCCGAAAGGGACACGGCCAAGCAGCACAAGUCUGAGCUGUGCCAGUCUGACCUGUGCAAGCCGUACGUCCCAGAGCUGACAGAUAGCGUCAUGCUGAGAUACUGCGGCGACUUCAGCAAGACCGGGGAGGACCGGAACCCCAAAACCGCCCGCGGCUGCGAGGACAACAUCACGGCCCCAGUGCGCAAGUCUUUGGCCAAUCACAUGUUCAGCCACUGCGGGGCCUGGUGUUUGUUCGACUACGAUGCCACCGACUCGGUGGCCUACGCCUGGGAUCCUGCGAGGGGCUGCUGGGAAUCGGGAGGCUGCCUGGGCCAUCCUGAGCAGGCGCUAGCAAUGGCGCGCCGCGCCUCCGCCUGCGAGUAUACCACCACCACGACGACCAGUACCAGCACCACCACCUCCACCACAACCACUACCACCACCACGACGACCAGCACCACCACCACCUCCACAAGCACCUCGACCUCCACGACGACCACCACCACCACCACAUCGACCAGCACAAGCACCACCUCCACCAGCACCACAACCUCCACCACCGUUACAAGCACCACCACGUCGACGGUCACCACCACGACGGUGACUUCCACCAGCACCAGCACAACCACCACCACCACUUCCACGUCGACCACAACGACCAGCACCAGCACCGUGACAUCGACGACAACCACCACCACCACCACAUCGACAUCGACCAGCACGACCAGCACCAGCACCGUGACAUCGACGACGAUCACCACCACCACCACGUCGACAGUCACCACCACGACGGUGACCACCACCAUCACCACCACCACGACCACCACCACGUCCACGGUAACGACGACUAGUACUACCAGCACCUCGACCACCACCAGUACCUCAACCACCACGACUUCCACAGCAGAGUUAGGUCCGGCACCCACAUCCUGGAACUUGCCUGCUCAGUCGACCACCACCACCACCACUUCGACCACGACCAUCACCACCACGACCACUACUCAGACGACCACAUCAACCACCACCACCACAUCGACACACACGACAACAAGCACUACCACUACCAGUACCUCAACCACUACCUGCAGACCGGAAGUGGCUGUGAACAGCCAGGAUCGAAUGAAGGGCUACUGCAGCUCUCUGGACUCGGAGGGCCGAGACUUCUCCACGAGCGCGGUGACCUGCGACGGGGCCUCCACAGAGUUUCUGCAGCGGUCCUUGGCCAACCAGAUGUUCAACCACUGUGGUGCUUGGUGCGUGUUCGACUACGAGUAUCCAGAGACCAUCUCCUAUGGGUGGAACAAGCAGAAGAAGUGCUUCGACGUAGGUGGGUGCAAGGGGCAUUCCGAGCAGGCGAUCGUCGCCAAGAAGAAGAGCAUCUUCUGCCAGGACUCGGAGCUGUGCAUUCCAGUGGCGCCGGUGCUCAGCGAGGCGGUGAUGCACCGAUACUGCGAAACGCUGCAGCCCAACCAGCAAGCCGAUGCCAAAGGCUGCCAUGACAGCUACACCCCCUAUGUGCAACGGUCCUUGGCCAACAAGAUGUUUGCCCAUUGCGGCGCUUGGUGCCUCUACGACUUCGACCAUCCGGACACCAUUUCGUACGGCUGGGACGACAAGCAGAAGUGCUGGCUCCGCGGUAGCGGGUGCCAGUACCACACCGAGCAGAAGCUGGCAGUGGCGCGGAAAGCCAAGUUCUGUGAGGCGGAGCUUUGCAUCCCAGUGCAGAACACCGUCUCAGAGACAUUGAUGAAGCACCAAUGCGAGAAGCUCUCCAAGACCGGGGAGGAGUACGGCCCUGAAGCCAAGAGCUGCGACAGCGCCGACACCAUCAACGUCCUUAAGGCCUUGGCCAAUGGGAUGUUCCACCAUUGCAAUGCCUGGUGCCUCUUCGACUUUGAUCAGCCAGACAAGGUUGCCUACGGCUGGAACCCCAAGAACACGUGCUGGCAGAAAUCAGAUCACUGCGGGCCUCAAGUGGAGCGAGACUUCGCAGUGCAGCGGAAGUCGAAGCUCUGCAAGGCCUAG